AUGUUCUCUUCCAUUGCUAGUACUGUCGCUCUCUCUGUUCUGGGCGGGGUUAUCUCCAAUGCCCUCGCUACACCGGUUGCGCGUCAGCCUGGUGCAAAUAUUCUCUUGAGCAAUGAUGACGGAUGGGCUGUGGCAAAUAUUCGCGCCUUUUAUCAAGAGCUCGUCGCUGCAGGCUCCAAUACCGUUCUCUCCGCUCCCGCUGAGAAUCAGUCAGGCACCGGAUCCUCGACUACCACACCUACUCCCCUCACUGAGGAGGGUGAAUUUGGCAGUAUCCCCGUAGGAGCGCCUGCAGAGGGUCAUGAUGCUGACGACGACCAUAUCUGGUAUGUCAAUGCCUACCCGGCAGACUCAGUUAACUAUGGCCUCAACACUCUUGCUCCCGAAUUCUUCGGCGCCCCACCGUCCCUCGUCGUGACAGGCCCUAACGUCGGCAACAACCUCGGCCUCGCCACCCUAGGUUCCGGAACCGUCGGAGCAGCCACCACAGCGUCCCUCGCAGGCGUCCCCGCCAUCGCCUUCAGCGCCGCCACAGGCUCCCAAGUCUCCUACACGACCCUCACCCCUUCCGACCCCGCCUUCAUCUACGCAUCCGCCGCCACAAACCUCACUUCCAUAAUAUUGUCUUCUUCCGGUGGCGCCUCGUCCCUCCCAGCCGACACGAUCCUCAACGUAAACUACCCCGCCGCCGGCACGGGCACAUCAUGUACUGCCAGUUCGAGUUUCACUUAUGUUUUGAGUAGGGUGAAUACGGCGUUGGGGUUGCCGAUUGAUGUGAGUACGUGUGGGAGGAGUGCGUUGCCUACGGAGUCGAGUGUGGUGGGGACGAGUGGGUGUUUUGCGAGUGUGAGUGUUGUGAGCGCGAAUACGAAGUUGGAUGUGGGGAAGGCAACUCAGGCGGUGGUUUUGGGGUUGAUUGGAGAUUCUUUGGGGUGUUUGCCUAGUUGA